AUGAAAUUAAGGCUGGAGUCAAUAACAAUCCACAACUUCAAAAGCUACAGAGGAACCCAUGUGAUCCAAGGCCUGGACCCGAGGUUUACGGCGAUAGUUGGGGCCAAUGGAUCUGGAAAAAGCAAUAUAAUAGACAGCAUUCUCUUUGUUCUUGGAUUCCGAGCAAGGAAAAUGCGCCACUCGUCGGUGGAAGGGCUGAUAUACAACGGGGAUGGAAAGGAGGACAUGUGCUAUGUGGAGCUGGGAUUCAAUAAGUUUAGGAUAAGGCGCGAGGCUUAUUUGUCGAGGAAGUCCAAGUACUUUGUGGACGGUGAGGAGGCGUCUUCUGCAGUUGUGAUGUCUCUACUGAAGAGUGAGGGUGUUGACAUGGAGCACAACAGGUUUCUGAUACUGCAGGGGGAGAUUGAGAGCAUUGCUAUGAUCAAGCCGAUGGAUGAUGGGCUGCUUGAGUAUCUUGAGGAUGUGAUUGGAACAAGUGAGUACAAGGAGGGCAUUGAGAAAGAGGAGAGAGAACAUCGAAGGGUGACAGAAGAGUAUGAAAGCAAGUCUGCAGCUCUGAAGUUCUAUGGAAAGGAGUAUGAGCAUAUUGAAAAGAAGAGGGAAGAGAGCUUGAGGAUAGUACAAAGGAAGGCUGAGUGUUUGUAUCUGGAUGCCGAUCUCCAGCUUCUCUGCAGCGAAAAGAACGGGAGGAAGCUGUCGAAGCUUCUUUCUGAAAGAAAGGAGAUUGAGGAGAAGCUUAGUGAGAUUGCAAGGAGGAACAAGGAGAACGGAGGAAAGGUUGAAGCACUGGAGAGAAGGGGCAUGAAGGCGAGGGAAAGAGCACGAGAUUCCGAGGAGAGGUUUUUGGAAGCCCGAAGGGAGUACCAAAGGGCAGAAAGAAGAAGGAGGAUGGUGGAGGAGUCUAGGGAUGAAGCGUUAAGACGGAUUGAGGAGCUGAGUAGGGAGAUUGAGGAGAUCAAGUGUGGAGAGGACAGAAGGCGCAAGAUGCGGACUGAAUACGGGAAAGAGAUUGACCGGAACGCCAAGGAGAUUUUAAGAUGCAAUGAGGUAGGUGAGAGACUUCGAUCUGAGAUUGAUAGAGAACAGAGAAGGGUUGAGAAAGAAGCCAAGGAAAAGGUUGAGGAGAUUGUACGGGAAGAGGAGAGGAUGAUGAAGCUUCUUGAAAGGAAAGGAGAGAUUGGAGAGAAGCAGCGGAGCCUUGAGUCGAAGCUAGGGGGACUAAUGUCCAGGAGGUCUGAAAUUCUGGGAAGGAUUGAGGAUAUUGAAGGGAAGCUAGCAAAGAUGGACGGGAAGAAAGUUGCAUCUGGAAGGGACGAGGGAGUCAUUGAAAGGGAAAUCAGGGAGAUUGAAAGGGACUUGGCCGAGACACGGCGAGAAAUGAGCAGAAGGAUGCAAAGGGUGGAGGAGUACAAGGAGAAUGAAGAGAGGAACAGCAGAGAGAAUGAGAUUCUUCGGAGGAUUGAGCAUGUGAAGGGGGUGUAUGGAAAGCUGAAUGACUUGGGAGAGGUGGAGUCCUGUUAUGAAAAGGCGUUUAGGAUAUCAGGAAAGGGCCUGAGCAGUAUAGUUGUUGAUACGACAUGUACUGCAGAGAAGUGCAUUUCUUUGAUCAAAAGCCAUGGGCUGGGGCGUGCUACGUUCAUAAUACUUGAUAGGAUUUGCGAGGUUCCCAGCCUCCCGAAGGAGAGUGUGCCCUAUAUGUACAGUCUUGUCAAAUGCUCUCCGGAGUUCCGAAAAUGCUUUUACUUUGCUCUGAAGGACACAUUAGUCUGUGACGAAUUAGAAGUGGCUAAGAGGCUUGCCUUUGGAAAGCAGAGGAAGCGGGUUGUGACGAUUGAUGGAAAGCUUAUUGAGAAGAGUGGGGUUAUGAGUGGAGGAAAGACGUCUGGGAGGAUGAAGAGUGUUGAAGAGCUUGAGAAGGCAUGUGCGAAGAUGAUGGAGCUUCGGAAGAUGAAGGCUGAAGAGCUUGAUGUUAUUAAGGGCUUGAGGGAGAAGGGGCGUCUCUGUAAGGUCCGGGAGAAGCUUAGCUCUGAGCUUGAGGAUGUGAUGAAAGGCAUUGAAGCAACAAGCAGGAAGAUCAAUAAGGAAGAGAUUGAGAAGAUUGAGAUGGAGGUUGUAGAGGCCAAGAAGAAGGUAUCUUUUCUGAGGGACGCGGUUGAGGGACUCACUGAUAUUGAGACCCGAAGGAAGAAAGAGAAUCUUCUCAGUAUUAACGAGAGGAUUGAGAUGUUUGAGAAAAGGAACCUUGAGCUGAGGCUGCAGCUUGAGAGCUGUGUGGAAACAGGGUUGAAGGAGAAGGAGCAAGAGCUUGAAGAAAGAAGGAGGGUAGUUUCAAGUAUCACUAUUGAGGACAUUUCUGGGAUUAGAAGCAAGAUGGCUGAGUGCGAAAGUGAGCACAGAAAGAACUCAGAGGAUCUCAAGGAGAUACUGGAUGAGAUUGCAAGUAUGAAGUCUGUUCUUGGAAAUGACUAUCACAUGGAGAUUGAUCUGAAGAAUAGACUUGACGAUGUGGAUGACAAAAGCGAAGAGUGCAAAAGGUUGAUUCAUGAGAGUAGGAGGAGGGCAGUCACUCUUGAAGAGGAGGUUAAGAGGUACGUGGGUAUGUGCAAUGAUAUCUACAGCAGGAUCCGGGCUGAGGAGAUGAGCUCAGAGGAGAUCGAUGAGGCAAUAAGGAGGAUCGGUAGCACCAUCACGAAGCUGAGGAAGGAGGAAGACGGAGAGGUUGAUAUGAAUGUAUUUGGAGAGUACGAGAAGGCCAAGUGUGAAUAUGAAAAAGUGAAGGAGGAACAUGAAUGGUUUAAGUCAAGACUCGAGAAGAUAGGAGCGUCACUGGAAUGUCUGAAGAGGAAGAGACACGAUGAGUUUAUGGAGGGCUUCUUACAGAUAUCCAAGAACCUUAAGGAGAUCUAUAAGGCUAUCACAUAUGGGGGGAAUGCUGAGCUGGAGCUGGUUGACCAUCUUGAUCCGUUCAGCGAGGGAGUGAUCCUAAGUGUGAUGCCGCCCAAAAAGAGCUGGAAAAGCGUUGGAAACCUGAGCGGAGGAGAAAAGACACUUAGUAGCCUUGCACUUAUUUUUGCACUUCAUAGAUACAGGCCAUCGCCAUUCUAUGUGAUGGACGAGAUAGAUGCUGCCUUGGAUUACAGGAAUGUGAGUGUGAUAUCGAACUUCAUAAGAGAGAUGUCUGACACCGCUCAAUUCCUUGUGAUAAGCCUACGCAGCGACAUGUUUGAGCUCAGCGAAACCCUGCUUGGGGUGUACAAGACAGAUAAUGUUUCUCGGUCUCUGGUUGUAAACAUAGGAAAGGUUACAACGAAAUAA